AUGCCUCCGCCAUUCCCGCAGGUGCUAGACGCCGCCGGCCCCACCAACUCAAGCACAGCAACACCACCCUUUUCGUCCGCCUCCUCUCCCUCGUCAUCAGUUCCGCGGCGUAGACCGCGCGUCGACUCGAACCCGGACCUUACCCAGGACCAGAACACCGCCCAAUCCGGUACCGCCGCGAAGCGUCCACGACCGGACUCGUCUGUCACCACCAAUUCCACAAUGUCCGCCAAGGCCCAAGGGAAACGUCCCGAGGUGAUAGACCUGACGGGCGGAUCAACAACAAAACCAACACCCUCAUUAACCUCCCCGGGGCCAAAGCAACCCCCGAACAACCUCCACAUCUCCCGCAAUGGCAAAAACCCGUCCCCCUUCGCCGCCCGCCCGGCCCUCCAACCGCACGCGGGACCCCGCAAGCUGGUCGUCAAGAACCUCCGCUCUGGCCCUGCCACAACCAUAAUCACGACCACCGGCAGCAGCAGCAGCAGCGCGAUAGAGAGCUACUACGCCCGAGUGCGCGCCGACCUAGACGCGGCGCUCACAGCCAUCUUUGCCCGGCGGAACCCGCCCCAGCCGUUAGAGCGUCUGUACCGGGGCGUCGAGGACAUUUGCCGGCGCGGCGAGGCCGCCGACCUGACCGACCACCUCCGCAAGCGCUGGGACGCGUGGCUCGCGUCUGAGGACAUGCUUGGCGGGCUGUGGCGUCAGUACGCAUCUUCAUCUUCUUCUGGUGAUGGAAGUGGUGGUGGCGGGGCGUGGGACGAUGCCACCCGGGAUUCCUUGCUGCGCGGCGUCGUGAACUGCUGGAGACGGUGGAACGAGGUCGUCACUGUCGUCCGGGGGUUGUACAGCUAUCUGGACAGGGCGCAUUUGCUGCUCAUUCAGAGAGGGGGGAGGCAUGGGAUUGAGGAGAUGGGGAUUGACCUAUUUCGGAAGGCCAUGUUUGGGUCGAGGAGGGAUGCGAGCGCCUCGCCGCAGGGGGUGAGGGUUAUGGAGGGGGUUUGUGGUAUGGUGGAUUAUGUGCGCCGCGGGGAUGAGAGGAAGGACGAAGCGUUGUUGAAAGAGGCGAUUACCAUGUUGAGGCUGUGCGGGGUGUACGGCGCGGCGUUUGAACCGAUGUUCCUGGCCAAGUCGCAUGCGUAUUUCGAGACGUUUGCGGCCGAGAUGAGCGCCGGCUCAAACUUGAAGGACUAUAUCGUCGCGGUUGGGACGCUUCUGCAGAGGGAGAGCGACCGGUGUGAUGGGUUCAACUUCGAGAGCACCACCAAGAGGCAGCUGCUGGCCGACGCACAUCGUGUGCUCAUCGAACAGUACUCAGAGAAGCUGCUCGACAGUGGCAGCGUGGCAAGGUUGUUAGAGGCGGCAGAUGUCGAGUCUGUCAAGGCGCUUUACGAGCUGCUGAAACUGUCGGGGUUGCAAAAACGCCUCAAGGGACCCUGGGAGCGGUACAUACGCGACACGGGCACCGCUAUCGUCAGCGAUACGGCGAGGGGGGAUGAUAUGGUGAUCCGCCUGCUGGAGCUGCGGCGGGCCUUGGACGUCAUGAUACGGGACGCAUUCUCUAAGGACGAAGUCUUUGUCUACGGUCUCAGGGAGUCAUUCAGCCACUUCAUCAACGACAAAAAGAGCUCGUCGACGUGGAACACUGGCACGUCCAAGGUUGGCGAGAUGAUUGCAAAGUACAUUGACAUGCUUCUGCGGGGCGGUCUCAAGACGCUUCCAAAGUCGCUGCUAUCAGACAGCAAGGAUAGGGCUGACGCUGAGAUGAGCGGCUUGGCGAGUACAGGCGACGAAGACGCUGAAUUGGACCGGCAAUUGGACUAUGGCUUGGAGCUGUUCAGGUUCAUCGAAGGCAAGGACGUCUUUGAAGCAUUCUACAAGAAGGAUCUGGCCCGGAGACUGCUACUUGGGCGCAGCGCAAGCCAAGAUGCUGAGAGAAGCAUGCUUGCCAAGCUCAAAAGCGAGUGCGGCUCGAGUUUUACGCACAACCUCGAGCAGAUGUUCAAGGAUCAAGAGCUUGCCAAGGAGGAAAUGACCUCGUACAAGGAAUGGCUCGCAGGUACCGGACGGAGCAACGGGGGUGUCGAUCUCAGCGUCAACGUUCUCUCAGCGGCAGCAUGGCCAACCUUCCCCGACGUCAACGUGCGGCUGCCCAUCGAGGUUCUUGAGCAAACCAAUAUGUUUGAAAAGUACUACAAGAACAAGCACACGGGUCGGCGGCUCACGUGGAAGCCCAGCUUGGCGCAUUGCGUGGUAAAAGCCCAGUUCAACCGCGGGCCCAAGGAACUUCUCGUCAGCGCGCUCCAAGCAGCGGUUUUGAUGCUCUUCAACGAGGUCGAAGACGACGAGGGCAACAGCAAAAGUCCCAGCGGCGCCCUCUCGUACGAGCAAAUCUCGAAAUCGACGGGUCUCCAAGGCGGCGAGCUCGACCGUACGCUGCAGUCGCUGGCGUGCGGCAAGGCCCGCGUGCUGACCAAGCACCCCAAGGGCCGCGAUGUGGCGCCGACGGAUACAUUCACCGUCAACAAGGCGUUCACGGACCCCAAGUUCCGCGUCAAGAUCAACCAGAUCCAGCUCAAGGAGACCAAGGAGGAGAACCGCGAGACGCACGCGCGCGUGGCGGCCGACCGGCAGUUCGAAACGCAAGCGGCGAUUGUGCGCAUCAUGAAGAGCAGGAAGAAGAUGACGCAUGCGCAGCUCGUCGCCGAGGUCAUCAACCAGACCAAGAGCCGCGGCGCUGUGGACGCGGGGGAUAUCAAGGCAAAUAUUGAGAAGUGA